UGCAACUGCGGAACCAUUGUUCUGAUUUUGUUUCUUCGUCGGACUUAUUUUCACCAGGCACCAAGCUAGCGUAGUUGGCUCAAGCUGUGACCUGAGCACCUAAAUAUUAAGACGUCUAAAAACGUAGGGUUUCGGUUCAUCGAUGCCACUGAAGGACCAGGCGAGCGCAGCCGCCAUGAAGCCAGCAGUGGACGAGAUGUUUCCCGAAGGCGCCGGACCGUACGUGGACCUGGAUGAGGCUGGGGGAAGCACAGGACUGUUGAUGGACCUGGCUGCCAAUGAAAAGGCGGUCCACUCAGACUUCUUCAACGAUUUUGAGGAUCUGUUUGAUGAUGAUGACAUCCAGUGACCGAGACGAACAUGCCUCCGGGGCGAUGAUGGAUGAUUUCCAGUCAACUAUGGGCCUUUUUUUUCCCCUACAUUUUUUUUGUGGAAAGCAAACCAACCAUUUGCUGUCUAAUGGCAUAUAAUUUUCAUUUUCAUGGUCAACGCAGUUCGAGGCUUUUAAAACACCCUUAAAAACUCAUCACUGGCUCCAGGUGUUGUGAAAUUCUUAAGAUCCCAAAGAUUCCUUCAUAUGUGGUACGUUAAAAUUAUGAGCUCGGAUCGUGCUCAUGACUUUGGCUGUUUCUACGCUGGAUUGCAGGUUUCAGUGUGCUGGAGAACACCUGUUAGGAGAUGAUGGAUGCGUGCUCCAUACGUUGUCAGCCUUAAAAAUGCUGCAGAUGGUAAAUGAUAAAUGAUGGUCUGCUAAAAUGACUCCAUAAUCUGUUACUGUGUGAUAGCAGAACAUGAUGCACUCUGUGAGUUUGCUUUUAUAUCUGCAGUCAGGUCACGACUUUGUACAAAUGUGUAGUAGCUUCUGAUGUAAAUCUGUAUUUGUCACAGAUCAAAUGUCUGCACUUUGUAUCGGAAACAAAAUGUCUAAAUUGUCGUGAUUCACUUUCUGAAUUAAACGUAACCAAUAAACUAUAAGUUGAACAGAA